GUUCCACUCCGCCAACACGACAAAAUGAGCAUGGACGCAGGCGGUCUUGCUCAAAUGACAUACAACAACUUCCAGCCCAACAACGGGCUUGGUAUGCCCUCUGCCGGCUUCGCCUCACGCGGCAAGGGCGCCUCGCUCAAGCGCCUGAGUGUCGCAUCUCCUCCAAACGUUGCAUCCAUUUCCGAAAGCAUGGAGACGCCCACCCCUCGCACCAGCCGUUCCCAUCUGCUUGCCGGCCUUCGCACUGCCCCCAAAACUCCGACAUCUGCUCAGCCUCCCGCCUCUGCUCCCUUUGGCCAGCGUCAACACAAUGUGGGCGCCUCCAUCCCUAGGUCAUCCUACAACGGUGCCAACAAAGGUGUCCCGCAGACCGCUGUCGGAUCCGGGUUUUCCGCCGCCAACCAGUACAACCAGCCCUCGCAGCAGCCCAUGUACGACCAGGUUCUGGCCCCGCCUUCUUUCCAGUUCGAUGACGGUGAGAUUGAUCCCAACAUUGCUGCUCAGCUCAUGGCUACCGAGCUCUACCUGGCCCAGCGCCAGCAGCAGCUUCAGCAGCAGCUUCUCACUCUCACUGCACACCAAUUCGGCAACAUGGGCUUGAACGGCUCCGGUAUGCAGCACUCGCAGUACCCAUCCAUGCCUUUCACGCCCCAGAUGAACGCGUAUGCUCAGCAGAUGCAGAAUGCCUCGUCGCUCCAGGAGACUGGACAGCCCGGCGUCUACCUUGCAUUCAAUCAGAUGACUGGCCAGUACCAAUAUGUCGUGGACCCGGCUCUUCAGCAGGAGUUGAUGGGCAACGAGAUUCACGCUGGCAUGUCCGACUCUCCAGCACCGCCAACUCCCGGCUUCGCUCCUUCUCCGCCCAAGAGCAACACUCCCAUUGUCCAGGUCUCGCCUCCCGCAGAGGUCAACCCCAGCCCGUGGGCCUCCCGCAGCUCUUCCCCGCCCAAGAAGUCGCCCAGCCCGCCCCAGAACUUUGAUCCUCUGCCCCCGCCUUCGGCCAACGCUUUCCGUCGCGGCCACAAGAAGAAUUUGUCUACUCUUGCGGUAGAGAAGGGUGACGCUCCGGAGGCACCCAAGUCGGCGCUUGCUCGUCCUCCCGGUUUCCCUGCUACCCCCAUGACAGGCACUUUCGGUCCUGGACAGGCGCGUGCCGGCGAGCACCCCGUCCGUCAGCCUCGCGGUCCACCUCCGCUAGAGGAGCUCAAAGUCAGCCCAACUACCAAGCACGAGGGCAGCAAGAACUUUGCUGCUCGCCAACGCCGACAGGCCGUUGGCAGCCUCAUCCGUGCCGGCAUUGGCCGCCGCGGCCACCGCUCCGGUAGCUCCGGCAGCGCAAGCCCGGUCAGCGAGACUGAAAUGUCUUUCCCAGCCUCCGACAAUGACUCGGAUAGCGUGCGAAGUUCUGGAAGCGGCAGCCUUUCUGGUAAGCCAAGCAUUGGUAGCCUUCGUGCCGCCGCCAACGGUGCUAUUGGUUCCGAACGCAAAGCUUCCAAGGAGCGCUCUCCCCAGCGACCCAUCGAUCGCUCUUACACUGCCAAAAGUGUAAGCAGUGAUGAGGGCAUUGGCGGUGGCCUCGUAGAGAUUCGUGCCAACGAACCCAGGCUCUCCCGCAGCCCUCCCAGGCUCGUCUUCACUGGCGUCGAGAAGCGCAAGAGCACCAAGUUCUAA